CUCAAGCCUGGGAUAAUGGUGUGCAUUCCUUGUAUCGUCAUUCCAUUUCUGCUCCAGAUCUUUAAAAAAUUCCUGGAACCAUACUUGUACCCUCUGGUCUCCCCUUUUGUUGGCCGUAUAUGGCCUAAAAAAGCUGUGCAAAAAGCCAGCAAUAAAAAUAAAGGCUCAGUAGGCUGCAAGGCUGCAGACUCAAAUGGAUUACCAACAAAAGGACCAACAGAAAUCUCUGACAAAAAGACUGUUAUUUUCCCCAAAGGAUCUCAGUUUGGAAAAUGGACCUGAUGAUACGAAGCACCUUCUUUGUAGUUGUUUCUGACCUUUUUCUCCUGAGACCAGAAUUCUGGAUAGACAGUUUAGAUAUUUACCUGGUACUAAUCAGGAAAUAUAUGGUAUUUAUAUUUAAAAUGAACUUAGUUGUAUUUAAUGACUUCAUUCUUGAGUUCCUUUUCCAUUAAAAUAGUUCUCAUUCCCUUA